AUUGAAUGAUCACCUUUACAGGUAUGAAUUUCAGAUUUCCUGAGAGAAUCAACUAUGAAGUUUUGCCUUUUUAUUCUGUACAUUCUGAACGCUGCCAUUGGUUCGAGUAAAUUCAAUUCAGAUGCAAAAUGGAGCAUGUGGAAAGUCACUCACAGGAAGCAGUAUGCUAAUUUGGUGGAAGAGACUAACAGGAGAAUAAUAUGGCAGGCAAACCUGCAGGAAAUCAAAACACACAAUAUGGAGUACAAAAGACGAAGGGUAUCAUUUAAAAUGGGCAUGAAUCAUUUUGGAGAUUUGUCGUCAAGUGAGUUCCAGAGAAUAUACCACCAUCAAUCUUUCAAACAGCGCUCGUUCGUGUACAUCAUACAGGAAGUGAAGCCCUUUCUGCCAUUUAACAACUCGUUUAUUGUACGCAGCGUGGACUGGCGCAAAAAAGGCUAUGUUACCCCAGUGUAUUACCAGGGCACCUGUGGCUCCUGCUAUGGCUUUGCUGCAACUGGAUCAUUAGAGGCAAUGAUUUUCAAGAAAUAUGGUAAACUCAUCAAGCUGAGUGAGCAGAGCAUUGUUGACUGUUCAAGCUAUUAUGGUAACCUUGGAUGCUCUGGGGGCUCAAUCAUUCGGGCCUACAAAUUUGUUAUGGAGAACGGAAUUCAAUCGGCAGACACAUAUCCCUAUACUGCGAAGGCUGGCACUUGUAGGCAUAACAAAUCUUCAACGGUAGCAACGAUGUCCCAUUACAUAAAAGUACAUUCUAAUGAAGAAGCUUUAGCUCAAACAGUAUCAACCGUUGGACCAGUUGCUGUAUGUGUUCAUACCAAAACCCGUUCGUGGCAAUUUUAUAAAUCAGGUAUCCUUUAUGAUCCCCUUUGCAAGAACUACACUUAUGACCAUGGUAUGCUUGUGGUGGGAUUCGGCAUUCAGAAGGAUGAGCACUACUGGAUUGUUAAAAAUUCGUGGGGAUCUCGUUGGGGUAUGAAAGGUUACAUCUGGAUUGCAAAGGACAGGAAUAACCACUGUGGAAUUUCCUCGUACGCAACAUAUCCUGAAUAGUGUUUCAAAUACCCAAAGCAAUUGACUAUUAGCUGAAAAGCUAGCAUUUGAAUAUCAUUCUAUACUAUUUAGAUACCAUUUGGGUAGAAUAUAGUGAUGCCAAAUGAUUAAUUGGGAUUAUAGGUCAAGCCUUUUCUCUUCCUACAUUAAAUAUUAAGCUUCCUUGUGAUGCCUGAAGGAGGAGCUAACCCUGCAGAAGAAUAACUGGACAAUGGAGGAAACAGUACAGAGAAGCAUCCAAUAAAAAUGCUUUCACUAAUCUUCACUGUUUGGUAUGAAAGCUAUGAUACUCAAAACGUGGUAUGAGGGCAUCUUGCUUAUUUUUUACUUUCUGUGCCGCAAAAAUAAAUCUCUCUCUCUGCCUAGGCAAUGCAAACAAUUGUAAUCACGAAAUACAUAAAUUAAAAGCAAAACAUUGUUGUAACAA